AUGCUGCCGGUGUGCUGCGGAGCUGCACCGGAGUGGAUCCGCUAUGUCAUCCCCGAGGAGCUGGGCAGAGGCUCGCUGGUGGGGCCGCUGGCGCGGGAUCUGGGGCUGAGCCCCGCAGAGCUGCCGGCACGCAAGCUGCGGAUUGUCUCUGGAGACGAAAAGCAAUACUUGGUCCUGGGGGAAGAUAAUACAAAUCUGCUGGUAAACGAGAGGAUAGACCGAGAGGCCAUCUGCGGAGCCGUGUCGCCCUGUGUCCUCACUUUGGAGGCAUUCGUGGAAAACCCUUUCAAUAUAUUUCAUGUGAGCGUUACUAUCCAGGAUAUCAACGAUAAUGCGCCGCAGUUUGACAGAGAAUCUGUUGCCAUAGAAAUGAUCGAGUCUACGCCUCCUGGGACCAGGUUCCCACUGGGCAGUGGCAGAGACCCCGACAUGGGAGAAAAUUCAUUACAAAGCUAUCAACUGAGCCAAAACCCGCUAUUCUCCCUUUUAGUGAAGGAGAGUCCUGAUGGGACUAAACACGCGGAAUUGGUGCUGGAGAAUAGUUUAGAUCGAGAAAAGCAGAGAAAUCACCAUUUAAUCCUGACGGCGGUGGAUGGCGGGGAUCCAGUCCGAUCCGGAACCACACAGAUUAAGAUUGAAGUUACCGACGCAAAUGACAACGCACCUGUAUUCACCAAAGAGAUAUACAAGGUUCGGCUGCUGGAAAACUUGCCAGAAGGCUCCUUAGCCUUUCAGGUAAAAGCUACUGACAGCGACGAAGGCACAAAUGCGGAAAUUACCUACUCUUUCAGUGACAUUUCCAACAAUGCCCGUCAGCUUUUCAGUCUGGACUCCAGAACAGGAGAUGUGAAGGUUUCAGGCCCCUUAGAUUACGAAGAAGGUAAAUAUUACGAAGCGACUGUUGAAGGUAAGGAUGGAGGUGGCUUGAGUGCACACGCCAAAGUGCACAUAGAUAUUCUAGACAUGAACGACAACGCUCCAACCCUUACCCUCCUUCCGAUUUUAAAUCCGAUACCCGAAGACUCAGUUCCAAGCACAGUUGUAGCUGUGAUCAACGUCCGUGACAGAGAUUCCGGGGAUAACGGAGAAGUGAUCUGCAAUAUCGACGAGGAUUUGCCUUUCAGAUUAGAAGCAUCAUCAGCGAACACCUAUAAACUAAUAACAGGCAGCGACCUGGACAGAGAAAAGACCUCUGCUUACAACAUCACCAUCACUGCUAGGGACCGGGGCAGCCCGUCGCUGUGGAGCAGCGCGGAGCUGGUGCUGGAGGUGUCGGACGUGAACGACAACGCGCCGGUGUUCGAGGAGGCGGCGUACAGCGCGUACGUGGCGGAGAACAACGCGGCGGGCGCGGCGGUGGUGCGCGUGGUUGCGCGGGACGCGGACGCGGGCGCCAACGGGCGCGUCAGCUACUGGCUGGCGGGCGGCAGCGCGGGCGCGGCGCCGUACGUGUCGGUGGAGGCGCGGAGCGGCGCGGUGUACGCGCAGCGCUCCUUCGACUACGAGCAGUGCCGCGAGUUCACGGUGGCGGUGCGGGCGCAGGACGGCGGGGCGCCGGCGCGGAGCUCCACGGCGACGGUGCGCGUCUUCGUGCUGGACCGCAACGACAACGCGCCGCGGGUGCUGUGGCCGCCGGCAGGGACCCCCGCGGGGGCAGAGGCUUUCUCCUCCUCGUCGUCGUCGUUGGCGUUCGAGGUGGUGCCGCGUUCGGCCGAGGCCGGGUACCUGGUGGGCAAGGUGGUGGCGGUGGACGCGGACGCGGGGCGCAACGCGUGGCUGUCGUACGAGCUGGGGCAGGCGGCGGAGCCGGCGCUGUUCCGCGUGGGGCUGCACAGCGGCGAGGUGCGGACGGCGCGGGCCGUGUCGGAGAGGGACGCGGCGAAGCAGCGGGUGGUGGCCGUGGUGAAGGACCACGGGCAGCCGGCGCUGUCGGCCACGGCCACGCUGCACGUGGUGCUGGCCGAGAGCUUGCAGGAGGCGCUGCCGGAGCUGAGCGAGCGGGCGGCGGGCGCCGACUCGCCGGCCGAGCUGCAGUUCUACCUGGUGCUGGCGCUGGCGCUGCUCUCCGCCCUCUUCCUGCUGAGCGUGGCGCUGGCCGUGCUGGCGCGGCUGCGCCGGGCCGGGCCGCCCGCCGUCCUGCGCUGCCUGGCCGCGCAGCGCUUCUCCGGGCCCGGCGCCGCCUUCCCGGCCGACUUCUGCGAGGGCACCUUGCCCUACUCCUACAACCUCUGCGUGGCGCCGGGACGCGCCCUGCCCGAGCCCGCUUGGCCGCCGCCGCCCGUGCCCAGCCUGCCCGCCGAGGAGCUGCUCGCCGGGGAGCCCUGCGGGGAGCGGAGCCCGAGCCACAGCGCCGGACCGGCACAGCCGCCCGCCCGCCCCGACGCACCGCAGAGAUGCUUGGCUGAUGUCAUUGAGGAGAAGGGAUCACGAUUCUACUGGGUUCGAAGCAGAGAAGUCGCGACAAAAGGAAUUCUUUUCUUUUUCCAUCGGCAUUCAGAGUUGAUUUUCCGUGCGCGGAAUGCUAUCUAUUCCCGCGAGCUGCCGGUGGCAGCGGAGGUUCGGGCAGCGCUGGGUGGGUGCAGUGCCGGGAGGAGGCUGCGGGUGCCGCUGCUGACCGAGGAGGAGCGAGAGGAAGGCCGGAGCGGUGCAGCAGCCCCGCCCGCUGCGGCCCGGCUCCAUCGCUGGCUGGCUGGCUGGCUCGGCGGCCGGGCGGUCUGCGAGCGUCCCCCGGUGCGGAGCCGUGCUGCAGCGAGGCGGAGGGGAGCGGAGAGGAGCCCGGAGCGGGAGCCGGAGCCGGAUCGGAGGCGUUACUCAGCGGCGGAGGUGCGUGGAAUGGCGGGGAGGCGUUGGGGCCGGCGGGAGCGAGCCCUGCUGUGGGGCGUGCUGGUGGCGGCGUGGGAGGCGGCGUGGGGACAGCUGCGCUACUCGGUUCCCGAGGAGAUGCCCAAGGGCUCGUUCGUGGGUGACGUGGCCAAGGACCUGGCGCUGGACCUGACGGCGCUCGGAGAACGCGGCGUCCGCCUUGUGUCUGAAGGCAGGACACAGUAUUUGGGUCUGCAGGGGAAGACGGGACAUUUGGUGACAGCGGAGAGGAUAGACCGGGAGCAGCUGUGCCGGCUGGUGGAGAAAUGUGUGCUGCGGUGUGAGCUGAUAGUGGAGGGAGAAAUGAAGGUUUACGAAAUCGAAGUGGAAAUCACGGACAUAAACGACAAUGCGCCCACAUUCCGUGAGACAGAAAAACAGCUGAGAAUAAGCGAGACAACAGCUCCCGGAUCUCGGUUUCUCUUGGCGGAGGCCCACGACCCAGACUUGGGUCAGAAUUCUCUGCAGAGCUACGAGCUGAGCGGCGACGAGCACUUCUCGCUGGCCGUGCAGACGGGCCCCGGCGGGGAUCAACGGCCCGAGCUGGUGCUGGCGAAGGCGCUGGACCGGGAGGAGGCGGCGUUUCACGAGCUGGUGCUGCGGGCGAGCGACGGCGGAGAGCCGGCACGGACGGGCACGGCGCGGAUCCGCGUGGCAGUGCUGGACGCCAACGACAACGCGCCCGUGUUCAGCGUGGCGGAGUACACGGUGCGUGUGGCGGAGGACGUGCCCGUGGGCUCCGUCCUCGUCACCCUCACGGCCACCGACGCCGACGAGGGCAUGAACGGCCACGUCAAAUACUCGUGGAAGAAAGUGUCAGACGUGGCAUCGGAGAUUUUUCAGUUGGAUUCCGAAACGGGAGCCAUCAGUCUGUUGCAAAGCCUGGAUUUCGAGGAAGGUAGCUCUUAUGAACUGGAGGUACAGGCACUGGACCACGGAGAUCUUUUCGACACGGCGAAAGUUUCCAUCGCCGUAACAGACGUCAACGACAACGCACCUGAGAUUUCGGUGCGAUCGGCGUUGAGCGAGAUUUCCGAGGACGCUCCGACGGGGACGGUGGUGGCCCUGCUGCACGUACAGGACAGGGACUCGGGUGCCAACGGCCAAGUGCGGUGCUCCCUGGAAGGCGGAGUCCCUUUUAGUCUGCGGGGCUCCCGGGGCAGCUAUUACAGCGUGGAGACGUCUCGGGAGCUGGACCGGGAGAAGGUGUCGGAGUACAACGUGACUGUGCGGGCAGCAGACGGCGGGUCGCCGGCGCUGUGGAGCAGCGCGGUGCUGGCGCUGCGGGUGCUGGACGUGAACGACAACGCGCCGGUGUUCUCGGAGGAGCGGUACAGCGCGCGUGUGGCCGAGAACAACGCGGCGGGCGCGGUGGUGGUGCGGGUGCGGGCGUCGGACGCGGACUGGGGGGAGAACGCGCGCGUGCGGUACCGGCUGGUGGAGGGCCGGGUGCGGGGAGCAGCGCUGUCGUCGUACGUGUCGGUGCAGGCGGAGACGGGCGCGCUGUACGCGCUGCGCUCCUUCGACUACGAGGAGGACGGCGGCGCGCCGGCGCUGAGCAGCAACGUGUCGGUGCGGCUGGAGAUCCUGGACGAGAACGACAACGCGCCGCAGGUGCUCUACCCGCCGCCGGCCUCGGCCUCGGGGUCGUCGUCGUCAGUGGGGUGGCCGGCGGUGGAGCUGGCACCGAGGUCGUCGGAGCCCGGCUCGCUGGUGGCCAAGGUGGUGGCGGUGGACGCGGACGCGGGUCAGAACGCGUGGCUGUCGUACGAGGUGUGGAAGGCGACGGAGCCGGGUCUGUUCCGCGUGGGGCUGCACAGCGGCGAGGUGCGGACGGCGCGGUUCCCGCUGGCCCGCGACGCGGCGCGGCAGAGCCUGGUGGUGGUGGUGAAGGACCACGGGCGGCCGGCGCUGUCGGCCACGGCGACGCUGACGCUGGUGCUGGCCGAGAGCGUGGCCGAGCUGGUGUCGGAGCUGGGCAGCGCGGGCUCGUCGUCGUCGUCGGCGGGGCCGGGCGAGGCGGGCGGCAGGCUGACGCGCUGGCUGGUGGUGGCCGUGGCGGCCGUGUCCUGCCUCUUCCUCGCCUUCCUGCUGCUGCUGCUGACGCUGCGCCUGCGGCGCUGGCGCCGCUCGCAGCAGCUGCUGGCGGCGGGCAGCGGCGCCUUGCGCGGCGUCCCGGCCUCGCACUUCGUGGGCAUCGACGGCGUCCGCGCCUUCCUGCACUCCUACUCGCACGAGGUGUCGCUUACCGCCGACUCGCGCAAGAGCCACCUCCGCUUGUCGCCCGGCAGCUGCUGUGACACCCUGCCGGCCCGACCGCCGCCCGACGAGCCCGCGCUGCUGCUCGCCGAGGACCCUGACGGUGCCCCCUGCCCCCCCGACCCCACCGCCCCGACCCCGAAAAUGAGCAAAAAAGUUAUCGGGGAGGCUGCGGUGCCGUGUCGGAUCCUCCGGGUGCCGCUGUUGGCCGACGCGGAGCGGCGCUGGAGCCGCAGCCGCAGCCGGAGCCGCCGCAGCGUUCUGCCCCCGCAGGCUGCUCGCUCGCCCGGCGCCGGCCAGAGCGGCAGCGGCACGGGCAGCAGAGGCGAGAGCAGCGGCGUCCGAGCCCGGAGCUGCCUGCGGAGAGGGACUGGCAGGCAAGCAGAAAGGGCAGCGGCAGGAGGGAGGGUCGCGGCGAGCUGCGGGGCCGAGCAUGGCGGAGUCGGGCGAGUGGUGGUGCUGGCCGCGUUGCUGCUGGGCUUGUGCUGCCGGGCGGCGGGCGAGCGGAUCCGCUACACCAUCCCCGAGGAGCUGGGCAGAGGCUCGCUGGUAGGGCCGCUGGCGAGGGACCUGGGGCUGAGCCCCGCCGAGCUGCCGGCACGCAAGCUGCGGCUCAGCGCCGAGAAGCAAUACUUCGGGGUGAGCGAGGAGAGCGGGGAGCUGUACGUGAGCGAGAGGCUGGACCGGGAGGAGAUGUGCGGCGAGGCGGCGUCCUGCUCCGUCAGCUUCGAGGCGCUGGUGGAGAACCCGCUCAACGUUUUCCACGUCCACGUCGACAUCCAGGACGUCAACGACAAUUCCCCGCGGUUCCUGCGUGACAAUUUUCACCUAGAGGUCAACGAGUUCACUGCUCCCGGCUCUCGGUUCUACCUGGGCAUGGCUGAAGACCCGGACGUGGGGAGUAACUCGCUGCAGGGCUACGAGCUGGAGGCCAACAAGUACUUCGAGGUGGAAGUGAAGGAGAGGCAGGAUGGCAAGAAGUUCGCGGAGCUGGUGCUGCGAACACCGCUGGACCGGGAGAGCGAGAAGAGCGUGCGAUUGGUGCUGAGGGCGCUGGACGGCGGUGACCCGCCCCGCAGCGGCACCGCCCAGCUCUGCAUCAACGUCACUGACGCCAACGACAACCCACCCGUGUUCGCGCAGGACCGAUACCGGGUGAGCCUUCGGGAGGACGCUUUGCCGGGCUCGACGGUGUUGAACGUAUCGGCCUCGGACGCUGACGCCGGAAGUAACGCGCGUAUCACUUACGGCUUCGGGAAAAUGCCGACCAAGAUACUUGAGAAGUUCGUGGUGGACGUGGAACGCGGGAUCAUCACGCUAAAGGAGGCGCUGGACUACGAGGACACGCGCCUGUUUAACCUUGCAGUGGAGGCGAGGGACGGGGGCGGUCUCGUUGCGCACAGCGAAGUGGAUGUAGAAGUGUUGGACGUGAACGACAACGCGCCCGAGGUGGUACUGACGUCGGUGUCGAGCCCCGUGCCCGAAGACGUGCCAGUAGGCACCGUUAUCGCGCUGGUGAAAGUGCGGGACAAAGACUCUGGGGAGAAUGGCGAUGUGCGGUGCGAGCUGUCGGGCGAGGCGCCGCUGUCGCUGGUGGCCUCGUCGGGCGGGUCGUACAAGGUGUUGACGGCGAGCGCGCUGGACCGCGAGGCAGCGUCGGAGCACCGCGUGAGGGUGGUGGCGAGGGACCGGGGCAGCCCGUCGCUGUGGAGCAGCGCGGAGCUGGUGCUGGAGGUGUCGGACGUGAACGACAACGCGCCGGUGUUCGAGGAGGCGGCGUACAGCGCGUACGUGGCGGAGAACAACGCGGCGGGCGCGGCGGUGGUGCGCGUGGUUGCGCGGGACGCGGACGCGGGCGCCAACGGGCGCGUCAGCUACUGGCUGGCGGGCGGCCAGCGCGGGCGCGGCGCCGUACGUGUCGUGGAGGCGCGGAGCGGCGCGGUGUACGCGCAGCGCUCCUUCGACUACGAGCAGUGCCGCGAGUUCACGGUGGCGGUGCGGGCGCAGGACGGCGGGGCGCCGGCGCGGAGCUCCACGGCGACGGUGCGCGUCUUCGUGCUGGACCGCAACGACAACGCGCCGCGGGUGCUGUGGCCGCCGGCAGGGACCCCCGCCGCAGGGACCCCCGCGGGGGCGGAGGCUUCCUCGUCGUCGUCGUCUUUGUCGUCGUCGUUGGCGUUCGAGGUGGUGCCGCGUUCGGCCGAGGCCGGGUACCUGGUGGGCAAGGUAGUGGCGGUGGACGCGGACGCGGGGCGCAACGCGUGGCUGUCGUACGAGCUGGUGCAGGCGGCGGAGCCGGCGCUGUUCCGCGUGGGGCUGCACAGCGGCGAGGUGCGGACGGCGCGGGCCGUGUCGGAGAGGGACGCGGCGAAGCAGCGGGUGGUGGCCGUGGUGAAGGACCACGGGCAGCCGGCGCUGUCGGCCACGGCCACGCUGCACGUGGUGCUGGCCGAGAGCUUGCAGGAGGCGCUGCCGGAGCUGAGCGAGCGGGCGGCGGGCGCCGACUCGCCGGCCGAGCUGCAGUUCUACCUGGUGCUGGCGCUGGCGCUGCUCUCCGCCCUCUUCCUGCUGAGCGUGGCGCUGGCCGUGCUGGCGCGGCUGCGCCGGGCCGGGCCGCCCGCCGUCCUGCGCUGCCUGGCCGCGCAGCGCUUCUCCGGGCCCGGCGCCGCCUUCCCGGCCGACUUCUGCGAGGGCACCUUGCCCUACUCCUACAACCUCUGCGUGGCGCCGGGACGCGCCCUGCCCGAGCCCGCUUGGCCGCCGCCGCCCGUGCCCAGCCUGCCCGCCGAGGAGCUGCUCGCCGGGGAGCCCUGCGGGGAGCGGAGCCCGAGCCCCAGCGCCGGACCGGCACAGCCGCCCGCCCGCCCCGACGCACCGCAGGUCUGUAAGCCCAAGCGCUACCGCUCUGCUCCUUCACCCUGA